AUGGCCAACCUUCCUACAAACGACAGCAAGGAGAAGAUGGAAGCACAGGUGAAGUCUGUUGACAUGACCGAAGAUAUGCAGCAGGAGGCUAUCGCCCUUGCGAUUGAGGCCAUGGACAAAUUCCGUGUCGAGAAAGAUAUCGCACAGUACAUCAAGAAAGAGUUCGACUCACGCAAAGGUGCUACCUGGCAUUGUGUUGUUGGCCGCAACUUUGGAAGCUUCGUGACACACGAAACCAAACAUUUCAUCUACUUCUACCUCGGUCACUGCGCGAUCCUCCUCUUCAAGACCCAGUAA